UCUCACUGGAAGCAAACCCAGCAACUUCCUGCUACCUUAUUUGUCCUUCCAAGAAUGGUUUCUCCAGGCCCUACGUAGGAAAGCCUGUCACAAAGAUGCUGUGAGUGUACAUUUCUCCAGUUCUGGAUGAAGAUCUAAUGGCAGAUAAUGUCAACCUAUAAUAACAUAGCGCAAGCUCGGAAGCUGGUGGAGCAGCUCCGUAUUGAGGCUGGUAUUGAGAGAAUCAAGGUUUCUAAAGCAGCGGCAGAGCUUAUGAAUUACUGCGAGCAACAUGCCAAAAAUGACCCACUGUUGGUUGGUGUGCCAACUUCAGAGAACCCGUUCAAGGACAAAAAGCCAUGUUCUAUUCUAUAAGGUCCCUCUUCCAAGUGUGACUGCCAUUCCGUGACCAGCUGAUGAUGUCUGACACAGAUUAGCUCAUCCAUUUCAAGUUAACUGCAGAUAACUAAGUUAGCUAAAUGUUUUGCCAACUGAAAAAUAAAAGAACAAAGUACAUAGUAUGAGAGAGACAGAUUUAAAAUAUUAUGUUCUUAAAUUCCGAUGUCUGCAGGGGUAGGUUUUAUUUUGUGUGUAUGUUUUUGAGGAAGAAACAUUUGUGUUCGUAAUAUGUUGUGUAAGGAUUUGCCGUACUUUCAGCUAGAAUUUAUAUGCUGGACAGCUGUAGUUAGAAAUCGAGCAGAAGAUAACAUGUAGCUAAACAUGCUCAUUCUCACUUCAUUCUCAGUUCAUUGUUAUUAUCAUGCUUUGUGUGUAUACAAUCAGGGACUGAACAGAUAGCAUAGUAUGUGUAGUGUGCGCUUCAUACAAUUAAAAUGUAACUAUUUUUUGUGGUUGUUUAUAUUUUGUACAAUUGCUGCCUGACAUAGAUUGGAUAGGACAUACUGUCUAACAUAUACAUUUGGGAUAUAGCAAAACUAUAACAAAAAAAAAAUGAAGGAAUGUUUUGACACUGAACUGAAAACUAAUUAUUUCUAAAUUAAUAAGUUCAUUUCCAUCUACUGUUUGGGUUUUUUUUGCUACAUUUUUCCAAGAUUAUUAUUUCAGUCUAUGAGCUUUACUAGAAUCUUCAAAUGCACACUGCUUCUAAAACAAUUAGGUGUAAGGUAAAAUACAUGUUUUUGGAUUUUUCUUCAAUGGUGAAUGUAUCUUACUUGUGUGGUGAAGUAAUGUGUGAUUCAUAAAUGGCCUUUGCAUGGGGGCACUGCAGGGGUGUAACAUGGCAUCUCUAGACUCUAUAGAACAAUUGUUUGAUGCUGCGUCACCCUCCUGGACCCCCAUUUAGCUAUCAGCAGGUGAUGGUCUGGCAUAUGCACAGUAAUGCGCAGGGGUUUCACUGCACAUACUCCAGACCUGCAGGAAAGCAGAUUGGGAGCCUUCCCUGACCUUGCACCAUUCUUGCACAUCGGGAGUUCACUGCUCCUGUCCAUUGCCAGCAAAUGAUGGGAAGAGGCCCCCACUCUGCUCUGUAGAGACAGUGACCCAACACUGCCAUGUCUCAGGCCCCACAACAGCUGUACUCCCGGCAAGAGCAAUCUUAACGUAUUGGCUCAAUAGGCAGAUGCCCAGGGCCCCACGAUUCAAGAAGGGGUAGGCUGGGUCAGAGGGGAUCUGUCUCCUGGGCUGGUGCCUCCAAAGCUUCUUGGAAGGCAGGCAGAGAAUGCUGCCUGACUAUUCUGAUUGUGAAUUACACACAGUCAGAGUUGCCAGGCAGCGUUCUCUACCUGCCUUCCAGACUGCAGAAAGAUGCCAAAUGGCAGUCAGCUUGCUGAUUGGUGGAUGGCUGGAGCUGUCCAGCAGUCAGAGUGCUGACAGCCAUUCUCUGGGUGAGAUGUACUAAGCGGAAAAUGCGUUAAACCCCCUGUUUACCACAUUUUCCUAAUGUACUAUCCCCGGCUAGCAGGACAGCGCUGCGGAGGGGUUCGCAAGCUUUUGCUGGCGAUACCCCAUAGAAGCCUACGGGCUUCUCUCCACAGCUCUGCGUGAGGGAUCUGAUCAGGUCCCUCCCAGCAUGCCAUGCGGCCAUCCCCGUCACCCUGCGCAUGCGCAGACUGACUCCCGGGGCCGAAUCCCAGAAGUCAGGCAGCCGCUGCGCAUCGCGGAGUACAGCUCUUAUCGGAAGAGCUGUCCUCUGCAAUGCUCAUCACAUAUGUAAGUACAUAUGCGAUCAGCAUCGGAGCACUGGGCGGCGAUGUGCAUUAGUACAUCCCGCCCACUGUAUGGAAGCAUGUGGAGAGACGGUAUGAGAAGGGGUAAGUUAUGAUGAUGAUUAUUAUUAUUUUAUAUAUAUUAUUAUCAUUUAUAGCCGCGAAUCGGUGGGUAGGGGCCCCAGUGCAUUGCUUUGCUCAGGGCCUACAAUGCUGUUGAGGCAGACCUGCUCCUGGCAGUUGUGGAAGCUCUGCCACUGUACUGCACCCAAUGUGGCAGAUUGCACUCUAGUCAGUGCUUUUUUCUUAGGGUUUUUUUUUUACAUAUUUUUUUUUACAUUUUGAACAAACAACCAAAAAUAUUUUAUGUGAAGACAGAUACAUUCUUUUCUACAACAAGGAGUAUUAGUUCUCUUGAAAAUGUUUACUUGGCAUGCUGUGUUUUGAGCAGGGGUUGUCUCCUGUAGCUGAUAAAGACUUCCUGCCCACUCCAUGGUGCCAUGCAUUUUAUUGGAUAUCACUGAUGGCUUGGAAUGGAUGUCCAACAAAACUGUACAAAACUUGUCAUUUCCGUAACAUAUCCUUCAUCCCUGUUGGUGCACCCUGUAAUUCUCAUCAUGUACAGUGCACCCAUUGAUACGUUUAAGUGCCACAGUAAUGCCUGUAUUGAACAAGAUGUUUCCUGAUAAAAAUACAGCUUACAUGUGUUAACCUGAACCCACAUGGCAGAAAGUCAUAGAUGGAAUCUAAUGGCAUCGCCAUUACAAUGAUUCAGCACUUUUAAUGUAACAAGAAAGUGGGCACCUCUCAUGUCUCUCACAUGCUGAUGACGUGUUGGGUUCUGUAGUUGCCAAUAUUACUGAUGUCUACUACUAAGAAUGACCUUUCAGCAGACAUAUUUCAUAUUUAAACAAUUGUUAAUCUAGCAGAAUCCUUAUUUGUUAGUAUUGAUAAAGGGCCCUGUGUGGACCAAAACGUCAAUGUAGUUUACAAUUAUUCCAUACAUUGGCCCUCAUUCCGAGUUGUUCGCUCGCUAGCUACUUUUAGCAGAAAUGCAAACACAAAGCCGCCUCCCUCUGGGAGUGUAUCUUAGCAUAGCAGAAUUGCUAACGAAAGAUUAGCAAUUCUGCUAAUAUUAGCAGAAUUGCUAACGAAAGAUUAGCAAUUCUGCUAAUAUUAGCAGAAUUGCUAACGAAAGCAAUUUCCUUGCAAUUUCUGAGUAGCUCCAGACCUACUCCUAGAUUGCGAUCACCUCAGUCCGUUUAGUUCCUGGUUUGACGUCACAAACACGCACAGCGUCCAACCAGCCACUCCUGCGUUUUUACCUGGCACGCCUGCGUUUUUUAGCACACUCCCUGAAAACGGCCAGUUUCCGCCCAGAAACACCCACUUCCUGUCAAUCAGCAGAGCGAUUGAAAAGCUUUGUUCGCCUGUGAGUAAAAUAGUAUAGUUUUGUGUAAAUUUGCUUAGCGCAUGCGCCCUGAGAUGCAUACGCAUGCGCAGAACUGCCGGAUUUUAGCCUAUUAGCAAUUCUGCUAAAAUUAGCAGCGAGCGAACAACUCGGAAUGAGGGCCAUUGUGCGGUAUAUUUAGUUAUGCAACAUAUAAAACAAAUAAGGCAAUAGAUCAAAGGCAACACUGUAUGGAUGAGAGAAGCAGAAUAGUCCAAUCAAACCAAUUCAAUAAAUAGUUCCCUGUGUGGACGAUCUUUCUUCCUCAAAAACCGGUACAUGUAGGGAAGAAGAAAAAGGAGACCAAUGGGUAGUACUUUCUUGAUUGGAGGUGUGCAGUUUAUCUAUGUUAGAAGUUAGCGAUUUAUGAACGUACCAAAAAACUCACAUGCUAAAUAAUUGCAAUACAUGUAUAAAGGUUUCUUUUCAAAUACACCGAUAAUAAAGGAGAAUGAGGCAUACCCAACUCACAUGUAAGAUGAUUGGGUUCCUCGCAUAGCGGUUUCUUUAAAGGUGGAAUGGUGUCCAGUGAUAGAUCUUCCUCUUAAGAAUUUGUACUCCACCACAGAUGUAUAUAUGGAAAUAAAGGUUACAUUUACCAAUGUGUAGUAUUUUCUUUUUAAGCAAGAUGUACACGUCUGUGUUAAAAAGUGGAGUAGUGAGGAGAUGGGACAAGAUAAACAACAUUAGGCAUACCUAAAAACUAACUUUGCAGAGGGGUGAGACAAGCACAUCAGGGUUUCUUUAACACGUGGGACAUGCACCAAAAUAACCCACAAUAGCCAAAUAACUGGAAAGAUAAAACGUACCAGGAGCUGCACACCUGCACACCUCCAAAUAAGAAUGUACUACCCAUUGGUCUCCUUUUUCUUCUUCCCUACAUGUACUAGUUUUUGAGGAAAAACGUGAAUAAGAAGAAAGAUCAUCCACACAAGGGACUAUAGGCAUACAUUCAUCCUUUUUGUGCCAGAAUUUCCUCCAUCCUUAUUUGUAUUCUGGUUUAUAUAGUUAUAAUUAAUGGAGUCCUGAGAAUGAAAUCCAUCUUUAUUUAUUGAAGAUUUUUAUUUCUUCUUUGUCAUGACUCCCAUGCAAUUGCUCUUGAUACUGUCAGAGCCCAACCAAGAGUUAAAGUGGGUAAUACUACUCCAAACCAGCAGGGGUCGCUCUACUGAAAUUACGUUUGUUAUUACAAUUGCAAGUGAGUUACACUUCAGUUUUAAUCUAGUUUAUACUAUUUUGACUGCUACUACAAUGUAUUGUGAAAACCUUUUUCAGAUUAUAUUUCCUUCUUUACUUAGAAACAUUGGAGGCUUUCCAUCCCUUUGGGUUUUUUUUUGUUUUUUUUUGGUGGCAUACCCUUUAUAUCUACAGUAUUCUGAUUAAGAAACUGUUGUUGUAACACUUCCCUUUGUAUUGAAUUAUAUACAUUUAUCUGCAAAUUGUAAGUGUGGGCUCAUAUGCUGUAGUAUACUAUACCCCAGUGUCUCUUGGUUUGUCUUUUCAAAGCUGCUUUGUGUACUUACGUGUUUGAAACAAAAAGAUAUUCAUUCGAUUUUCUAGAUGUAUACAAUAUUUUCCCAUCUUAGUGUUUUUCUGCCUGUGUAAUUGAUGUGCUCAUGACAACAACAUACAUAUACAUAUGCAGUGUUUAUCUUUACAUCCUAAUCCUUGCAGUUUUAUUGUCCAUUUUAUUGUUAAUUUUUAUCAUGUGCCAAAUAAUUUUUCACUGUAAUUACAUAUUUUGUGGUGUAGUUGUUAUGAUGUUAAUGAAAUAAAAAAAUCACAACACUUUACUUACAAA